CGCAAUUUGGGUCUUCGAUCUUCGUCCAAAACCUUGCCAUGCCCACCACAAAGCAGACCACUACAAUUGUUGUUAGCCUGUUGGUAGCUAUCCUUGCUGUCCUGUUUGCCUUUCAAAAGGACAUGCUGUCGUUGUUUGGCCAAGCCAAAUAUUUCCUGCCGUGCCUCGUGGCCUUGUCUGGCAUUGGGAUCUAUUAUGCUUUGGGUAUAUUUCGAGAGUUUCAACCCAUCAUCUCGGAUACCCUUGCCGCAACACAGCAAGAAUGCUUCUUCAUCAUUGCCACUCCACCUGCCUACACGGGUGAUUUCGAGGCUCAAAUGGCACCCAUGGAUCUGCUAUUGCAGCGAAAUAUGGAUACUUCUCGUCCAUUGCAAAAUGCAGCCCUGGCAGCCGCCGAGAUGUUUGUCGACGAGGAUAUGGACGGCAACGGUGCUGUAUCUGUGGCGUCUCCAGUGGAAUGCUCCCUUCAGUUGUACCAUAUAGAAGAGGAGCCACCGAGACCUGAUGACAUGUGGACAGCACGAGGAGUCUUGGUGAAGACAAGCAGUUUUCAAGAAACACAGCAAUUGACACAAGAACUGCAGACAACACUGCCACACAACCUGACCCUACAAGCCAUCAAUUUUGGUCCUGGCCCGUUUGUCGCAGCGAAUCACUCGAUUGUGGAAGGGCAAGCCAGUUUCUUCCUUUCCUUUCUGGUCACAGAAUGGGUAGAAGCGCUCAUUGCGAUGCAUCAGCAAGUCUUUGAUUUUCAAGACAAGUUUGUCGUCCUGAGAGUAAUGGUCAUGUCCAAGAAUGCUCAAGAUCAUGUCACACUCAAAGAACAUGUCAUUAUGAAGCCUGAUUCACUAGAUGUUUACGAACAGAUUCACCCCGGUGAUCACAAGGACAGCAACCCACAGCAGCCGUUUGACUAGAUUCUUCAAGGACGAUUGAUUGCAACUCAAUGCAUGGCAAACCUUUUUAUUAGAAGGGCGACGAUUUUGGAUGCACCAAUCGACAUAAUGUUCCGAGAAAAGCCUGGAAUACAGGUUACUUGCGAGUUGCAAUGUCAUAAACUAUGACUCGUGCUUUAGUAAGCCACCUCUACCGGGUGCAUGUUGGGAGGUCUCCCGUUCCGAUACUUAUUCAGUUACCUUUUGACCAUUCAACCAGCCCCAAUCUAUUCAAUUUCUUGCAAGACAAGAAAUACACAACAUAUCAGGCAACUUGAAGGAGGGAGAUCCCAGAAUUUUCCUGAUGUUGUAAGCUCCAGAAUCAUUGCUUGGUUCCUGCUCUGCAACUACUCUAAAAAUGGAGCAUCACAUUGCACCUGCAACAAACUUGAAGAAGCAACAUUCCAGAGUAAAGACAACACUUCCAAUGGAGCCAAUGGAAAUGGAUCAGAAGGAUUCAAUCUUGAGCCUACUUCCGAUGGAGACCAACCCUAUCAGUUAAAAUACGAAAUAGUGCUGUGCACGGAUUGGGUACGCGUGUACUAAUAG